GAGGAUGGAGCUGGGCUGGCGGCUGGCCCUGCUGGCCCUGCUGCUGGGGCUGGGCGGGGGCUCCCGGGCGCAGGAGCGGCUCCCCCGAGAGUCCCAUAACCUCAACUGGGUCAAGUUCUCGGGCUUCUGGUACGUCCUGGCCGUCGCCUCCGAUGCCCAAGGGAUGCUGCCGCGCGGAGGCCAGAGGAAGUUGGGCGCAUCCGUAGUGCAGGUUCAGGAGGUGGGCCAGCUGAAGGUGGUGCUCGCCUUGAACCGGUCCCGGGGGUGCCAGACACACUCGCUAAUCCUGCGGAGAGACAGGAAGAAGGCGGUGUUCAGGAACACCUAUGACCCCUCGGUGUGGGUGGUAGGGGCCCGGGGGCCUCUGGAAGGACCGCAGUGUUCAGGCGAGGGCGGGCGACUCUGCGCGUCCUCCCCCCCAGUGAGGGGCGUGGAGGGCUUCCGCGUGAUGGUCCCUGACUACAGCGCCAGUGUGGUCUACCUGCGCCUGGGCCGGGCCGGCCGGACCACCAGGACCCUGCUCCUCAUCAGCAGACAGCCCACGUGCAGCUUCCUGAGCAUGAAAAAGUUCGUCGACGCGUGUGAGGCCCUGGGGCUCGCCAGCCGUGUGGCCGUGCUCCCGAAAGAUGGUGAGGGCCCCCCGAGCACACGGGCAGCUGGGGCCGGAUCCCCGCGGGGCGGCUGGGGGCCAGGGCCCGAGGCCCCAGGGGAGCUGCCCGGCAGACGCGGGCUCCCUCGGAGAUGCCCAGCCCUCUCCUUCCCCCACAGCCUCCUGCGCGCACACCAUCCUUCCGUGAGCCGGCUGCCCACCUGCUCCUCCCCGUGA